UAUCCAUUAAAGAAUUGUAAACCCAAGUCUUUUUCACCUUUCUCAAUACGAGUCCUUAAUUGGGUGAGCAUUUUUCGCUCAAACUCCUGUUGACGUGGCGUUCGGUCACCAUUAAUAUAAAUUUUUGAAAUUGACAGAGUCUCGCAACUUCUUAGCUCAUCUUAAAACCAUUCCUGCUUCCGACUUAUUCUCAAAAACCACCUUAACAAGUAAUUUAACAUACAUAUAAAUACAUAUUUAAGAAACGUGGAUGCAAUUUAAAUUAAAAGAACUUAAAAGAAGUGUUGCUGACUUUUUGGAUUACACUGUAUAUCGUAUUAUUUUGAUCACGUGUGUUUCAUUCAAUUUCAUUUAUUGCCACACUAUCCUAUUUUAAAUCUAUUAACACCGUUUCAUUACACCUAAAUUUUUAAUUUUUCGUGUAACACCUAUUUAAUGUAUUAAACCACUCCAUAAAUUAAAAUUUUCGUGAAACCUUUAUCUUACUCCCAAAAUGCUACCAAAACGAAUAGUAACCGAAACAUUUUCAGCGAUAGCUUCAAUUUAUUAUCUCCCACGAUAUUUAGGUUUUGCGCCUUAUUAUUUCGAAGAGAACAACUCGAAACAAUUUAAAAGUUCCACAAUUAUUUACAACGUAAUUUUUUCGCCUAUUCAUAUUUUACUAUUCAUCACGAUAUUAACAUAUUAUUUUGGGUUUUUGAAAGCGAUUACACAUGUCUCCGAUUUUGCAUACGUUGGAAUGGCAGUGUAUGGAUUAUCAUAUAUCACACAGUGCGCUUAUGUUAUCAUUGAAACUAAUAUAUUUUUACGAAGAAAAUACGUCAAGUUAUUAAAUAAAAUCGAAAGUAAUAGAAGAAAAUUGAUCAGAUAUACGGUUGAAGUCGAUUUAUUUUUCUUUUCGAUAAAAAGGAAGAUUCGAGCAUUUAUUUUGAUAUACGUCAUGGGGAUAAUCAUUGCGGGUAUGAUCACAAUUAAAACACAAUACGAAAUAUAUAAUCACGUUUAUGAAAUAGUAUUUAUCAGCAUUACUUAUAUUAAUAUAUACAUAGCUCCAGUAAUUAUUUUUAUGCAAUGUUGUACUGGAAUUGCUUUGUACGGAGGAUUAAUCUCAGCGAUUAACGAUUAUUUAGUGAAAUGUCGUCUUGAAGAAACUUUACCCAACUUAUUUUUAAACAUGAAAAGGUUACUUCGGCUUUAUUUAGAAAUUCACGAUGAUUUGAUGGAAUAUAAUGAAUCAAUUUCUGCUUUAAUCGUUGUUAAUAUAACGGCGCAUAUGAUUCAAAUUAUUUUUGAAAUGUACGUUACUUUCAUACCGAUUAUAAAUCGCACAUUUAGUCCUUUCAUUAUUGAAUCUAUUGUUGUUAUCAUUCUAACCGAAUUUGGAGUAUUUUAUUGUUUAUCUGUACACGAAUAUUGUAAACAAACGUUAAUACAAACGAGGAAGAUUGUAUUUCAAUUAACAGUGGACGUAAAUGAUAAAAAAAUACGACGAGAAUUAAAAGCAUUUACAUUGGCAUUGGCUCAUUUGGAUGUUGAACUAACUGCUAAAAAUAUGUUUAAUGUUGAUUUAAGUUUAAUGACAAAGAUUAUUGCUGCUUGCAUCACUUAUGUCACCUUGUUGGUUCAAGUUGAUUGUAAUGUCGAUAUGUAUUAUAUAUAUUUAAAUAGACAAGAUUCUUUUUACUAGUUUUAGUUUAUUUAAUAAUUUA